GACGCAUCGACUCCCCUUAUUAAUGAAAUAUUAUUUUUUGGCUUCAUAGUUUUAAACCCUUCACUUGUUUCCAAAAAAAUUCAGCUACAAUACUCUUUCUCCAAUCUAUCUAGUUUUCAUUCAACAAACUCUCUUUCCGUUAAGCAGCAACAACCACUGGCGCUGCCGUCAACACAUUUCGCCGCCUUCAACAAUUUCGCCAAUAUCGUGUAAUCUCCUACACAGUUCUAUUUUUCUUCAAUUGAGAAUAAUGGUAGGGUUUAUGAGAUGAUGAAAAGAAGUGGGAUUGGGUUCAUUGGUUGAACAUGAAGAAAGAAACAGGUAUAAAUAUACAUUGAAAUCCUUAAACACCAUACAAAGUUGCUCACAGUGCAGUGUUUGUAAACCGUUGAAUCCAAAUUCUAAACUUUUUGAUCUUACAUUUAACGGCUCACAGCAUCAUAGGAGUUCCAAUCACUGCAAACUCUUCCGCACAGCCGGUUCAAUCCUAACCUUCAUAUGUGCUGCAACACUGCGACUCUGGCUCUCUCCGCUCUGGUUGCUACACCGCCGUUGCAUUACUCUCCAUCUGUGAGCGUCUCUGUACCUCGUGCCAUUGUCGUGUCUGUUCGUCCUUCAAGGAACAGAAAACUCAGUUGAUAUCACAUUGUUUUUAAGAAGAUGCUGCCUAGGGCAUUAUUGGCCAAGUUCAUUCCGAAGCCCUCCACUUUUUCUCGUUUCCAAUUCAGUCAACAGAGAGGAUUGCAUAGCAGGAACAAGAAAGCCAUGGAGUUCAUUGCCAAAGGCUGGAAUGCUUUGAAGGAGGUUGAUAGAGUCAUUGAUUAUUGUGAGCUCAAUGAUAGGCGUCUCAUCCCUCUUCUUAAUACAGCAAAGGAGAAUUUUGAGCUUGCUUUGGAGGCGGAUAACACCAAUACUCAUGCUAGGUAUUGGCUGUCCAGAUUGCAUAUGAAAUACCAUGUUCCUGGAGCAAAUAAGGCUGUCGCGGCAGCAUUAUUGGUAGAAGCAGCUGAUAUGGGUGAUGCUGAUGCACAAUAUGCACUGGGUUGUCAUUUAAGAGUAGAGAAUGAUGAUGUCCAUUCAGAUCAACAAGCUUUCUAUUAUUUGGAGAAAGCUGUGGAUCAGUUGCAUCCAGAUGCUCUUUACCUUUUGGGUGCUGUAUAUUUGACUGGCGACUGUGUUAAGAAAGAUAUUGCAUCGGCGUUGUGGUGUUUCCAUAGGGCUUCAGAGAAGGGUCAUGCUGGGGCAGCUAUUGCGUAUGGAUCUCUUCUUCUUAAAGGUGUCAAAAUUCCGGAAUCAAUAAUAAAAUUCAGUUUGAAGAGAGGUCCGGUUGCUCAUAAACGAGGAAAGAGCAAAGAAAGUAUUGCAAUUGAUCCUGUAGAGAUGGCUAAAGAAAAAUUUCAGAUAGCUGCAAAAGCAGGAUGUGAUCUUGGACUCAAAUGGCUUGCAAGGUUAGAAGAGGAAGAGAAGCGGUUACUCACCCAAGAAUUUUAAAGUUUAAAUUAGGAAAUAAAGUUUUUAUUUUUCUUUUCAUAUCGGAGUUAGCUUCUCAAAAGCUAAUGAAAUUCCUUUAGAGGAAAAUGUGCAGAUGAAUAAUAUUAGGAACACACAUUUUCAAUUAUCGAUUAAAAUUCAUGCAACCACAAAAAUCAUUAUUUAGUGGAACCCAUGUUUAUUUUAAUUACUCGCACUGGUUCUUAAUAUAAGAAAAGUUAUUUUUUAA